AUGUCAUCUAAGCCGGCCGGAAGAACAAUCCUAGCUUCAACAAUCGCUAAACCGUUCGUAGAAGAAAUCACCGCCAGCGUGCAACAACUAGGUUUCAAACCCAAGUUGGUUGGCUUUCUCGCUAAUGGAGACCCCGCGGCUCAGAUGUAUGCCAAUUGGACUGGCAAAACGUGUGAGGGACUUGGGUUUGAGUACGAGUUGGUCCAGGUGGACAAGAACGACUUGGAAAGCGCGUUGAUGAAGGCGAAUAAAGACGAUAAUGUUCAUGGAAUUAUGGUGUAUUUCCCAGUGUUUGGAGAUAACCAAGAUCAGUAUCUUCAACAACUCAUAUCAACCGAGAAGGAUGUGGAGGGGCUCAACUUCAUGUACUACCACAACCUCUACCAUAACGUCCGAUUCUUGGAUCCACCUUAUAACGAGCAGAAAUCCAUCUUACCAUGUACUCCACUUGCAAUGGUGAAAAUCUUGGAAUAUUUGGGCGUAUACAACAUUAUUCUCCACUAUGGGAACAGACUCUAUGGUAAAAAAGUUCUUAUUGUCAACCGGUCGGAGAUUGUUGGUCGUCCCUUGGCAGCUCUACUUGCUAAUGAUGGUGCUACUGUCUACUCGGUAGAUAUCAAUAAUAUCCAGCAGUUCACUCGCGGAGACGAUUUACUGGAACAAAGACACAAGGUGAUCGAUUUGGACUCGAAGGAACAUACCUUGGAAUCCUUGGCUCCUCAAUGUGAUGUGAUCAUUACUGGAGUGCCAUCAGAGUCCUACAAGUUCCCCACCAACUAUGUUCGCAAUGGUGCGGUGGUGAUCAACUUUUCAUCGAACAAAAAUUUCAACGACGAUGUCAAGCAAAAGGCUGGCUUAUACGUACCAUCGAUCGGAAAGGUGACCAUAGCCAUGCUUCUUCGUAACUUGAUUCGUCUUAUCAAGAAUAAGAACCACAGGGCUACUUUACAGAAGACCGCUGCGUAA